AUGGCUCCGCCGGCUCCCCUCCACCCUCCUUCCCCGUCCGGAUCGACCGAACGAUUGGCCGAAGAGCUAGCUCCAACAAUUGACCAGCUCAAAAGUAUCGGUGCAGGCACCGCAAUCACUCUGUCCCAGGCCCAGUCGACGACCGAAUCUCUUCUCCGCCUUCGCCACACGUUCAUAGAUGAUGCACGUCCACGCACGGCUAAAGAUGCAUUCCGAUACCUCCAGGGGUUUCAAACGCUGCUGGCACUGGCAACCCAGAUUGCUGAGCUUUAUGAUCCGUUGAACCAGUCCAAUGAGGAACGGAAAGGCCUACUGCGCAUAUUCAAUGAUCUUCUUGGUGUAUUGGCGGAAAGCUUGAAGGAGCAUUUUGGCAACAAGCGAUAUUUUGCCCGGAAAAUACCUGGAGGUGGUAUUGCUGCACUUGAACGGAUUCUGGCCGCGUUGGUUAAGAAGAUAGGCACCACUGAGGGGGAUGCACAGCAUCUCUACGGCGCCAUUCUGGCUGCAGCUCUAUGUCAGGAGACAGUAGCGGGCAUCUUCAUAACCCUGGGCUCCAAGUUUGCCGAAUCUAAGGAUGUUCUAUCUCCGAAAGACAUCCAGGAUGCCGUGGAUCAUUGCAUUGGAUCCGCCGAGACAGUGGAAGUGCCGGAACUACUGGGACCUUUCCUUCGUGUGUGGCUGACGCACUCAUCACUUUCAUCUGGAUAUGACGUAUUACGUCUGUCCUUGCCAGCUUGUCUCUGCCAAUUGGCGGCACAGUCUCGAAGGAACGUGGUAGCCUUGCAUGCCACUGAGAUGCUCACAUCAAUCCUACCACUCUUAUUCGAUGGAGCACGUUCCAGCAGCGAGAAAGCAAUAUAUCAAAAUCUCGCUCAAUACCUCACCGUCCAGGGUAUGAGUAACUUGGAGGAUGCUGUCGCUUUGUAUCGUGGAGCGCAUGAGAAUCCACAGGUCCUAAAGGUUCUCUUAUCGGCUCUCAAGUCCUCCAAAGAGCCACCGUCAAUACAGUUCGAUAUGUCCCGCCAUGGGUACUGUUCUGUUGAGUUCGCAACACUCGGACGGCCAUUCCCCCCUAUCAAUUCCUCGGGAUACACUCUUGCAGUCUGGGCUCGUUUCGACGAGUUUGAUUCUAACACACAUACCACCAUCUUCGGAGCCUUUGAUGCAAGCCAGGCCUGUUUCAUUCUCGCCUACCUCGAAAAAGAUACUCGCAAUUUUAUUCUGCAAACUUCCAUUCGAGGUUCCCGGCCCAGUGUGCGGUUUAAGUCGGUAAAGUUCCAGCCAAAUCGUUGGUAUCAUAUUGCUGUCGUCCAAAAAAGACCAAAGCCAAUGUCUUCCUCCCGUGCAUCUCUAUUCAUAGAUGGUGAAUUCGUUGAACAAUUGAAGAUCGAAUAUCCAUCUGUUCCUAUAAGCCACCAAUCAAACAAGCCACUCCAGAUUCAAGCCUUCUUUGGCACCCCCCAGGACCUGGCAAUGCGUCUCGGAAAAGGCGUGUCUACUUCGCGAUGGUCCCUUGCCAAUGGAAUGCUUUUUGAUGAGGCUUAUAGCGACGAUAUGGUAGCUGUAUUCUACAACCUCGGGCCACGUUAUUAUGGAAAUUUCCAGGAUUGCUUAGGCUCUUUCCAGACGUACAAGGCUUCUGCAACACUCAACCUACGAAACGAACAUCUCCAUCCUGGCAAAGAGGAAGCUUCGGACAUAGUAACUGCUAUUCGGAGACGGGCGAGCACAUUGAUCCGGGAGAGCUCGAUCCUGAUCAAUGUAUCUCCUGUCGCCAUUCUUGAUGAUGACGAUAGCAAUAAUGUCGACGAAUCACAGUUGAUAAAAUGUCUCUCACGGCAAGCAGCAAAAAGCUUACAACAGCUCACAAAAUCAGGCGGUAAUGCUGUCGCUGUGAACGGUGCUACUCCGUCUAUUAAUGACGGCCUCACACAGCCUCAAGGAGUCGGGAUCCUCACAGGAGAUCCUGUUGUUGCCGUACCCAGAGCGCUGGAUGAUGCCAGUUGGUGUCUGGGUGGCUGUGCCGCGGUCCAUCUAAGUCUGAUCAAGGCGGCGAGCACCGUGGAAAGCACUCGCAUGGCUGUAGAGGCCCUCUAUGAAGCGGUACAGGACAAUUGGAGAAACAGCGAGGCUAUGGAACGAGAGAACGGCUAUGGAAUUCUUGCCGCCUUGUUGCGGGAGAAGCUUGGAUUUCCCAUGGGCAAUUCCCCGACCGCAAUCAAAAUCCCUGUGGUCACGUCUGAUCGUCAAGAGCUGGCUUCUUUGAUGCUUGAUCUACUACGUCUGACUCUCACAUUUGUUGGGUACGACUUUGUUGCCCCUCAUCAUUCUAUUAUCACAAACCCGCUCGCCUAUCGUGUUCUACUCGUUGACAUGGACGUCUGGCGACUCGGAGAAUCGCAGGUGCUUGGAUUGUAUUACUCUCAAUUCCGCAUUUUCGCCACUGAUAGCAAUUACCGCCGGUUUAAUGCCAGACGUCUUGCACGCAUGCGUGUCAAUAAGAAGUUGCUGGAAACUUUCAAGGGCGGGGAGAUGACCGAGGAAUCUCUCCAGCCUUGCUUCUCUGUCCAUCACAUAUGCACUGCACAAGCCAAAGGCCCCUACCGGGCUCCAAAAAAGAAGAGCUUACGGUACUUGGCCGCUUCACCUCGACCGGCAUCUGCAAAAUCGGAAAGCAAGUAUGUUCCUAGUGUUACCUUGGGCAUUGAAAUGCUGCGGCUGUACUCUUCCGUCCUAUGUAAUCCGCAUGAUUCCACACCCUUGAGAAAAUUUGCCAAGGCUGUCACAAACAAGUGGCUUCUCUAUCUCAUGUGCGAGGAUGAGCCCGAAGUUGUGGUCCUUGCAGCAAAGAUAUUGGGCCGUUUAUUAGUCGUUCACGGCAGUGGGUACAGUAAGAAGUUUGCAGAGAAGAAUGGUGGAUACAUCAUUCUAGAACAUCGUCUCAAGAGAUGGUGGAAUGUUCCUGCCCUGUGGCCCAUCUGCUUUUGUAUAUUGUUUGGUAUUGAUCAUGCUCUGUUGGACCUUGACAAAUCAUUCGCUCUACCCGAGCUUCUCGGUAUUUUCUUGGCUGAGGGCGAUGUAAAAAUUGUCUACCCAGACAUGCUACCGGUCAUUGUGAAUAUGUUGAAGAGCGGGUUGCGGAACUCCAUCAUGGCUACUGAGGGGCAGGAGAAAACAGAAGCCUCUUUGGAAGAGCUUGCAUCCAAAUAUGACAAGCCAAAGCUGGACUCUUUGGGCAUUUCUGACGCUACUCCGUCUGACCAGAUUAUCCACAGUUUCGUGCUCAUCAACUCAGUUGUUCAAUUUUUGGGAGAAGCGCGCGCUAGAUCACCAAGCUUCCAAGAAUUCACCGCACAGUCUACUUACGUACAGGAGCUCCUUUCGGUGCUAUAUCCCGUUAUUGUUGGUGCAGAUACCGUUAACCCUGACACCGAACUGAAUUUCCGACACAGCGGGCUCAGCUUUGAUGAUAGCAACCUAGUUCUUCGGCCACGCUCAAAUACCAACAAUGCCUCGGCAGCUUUGCAGACUACUACGGUUGACUCUGGGAAUCCUGAGGAAAGCACUGGCUCCUUGAGACGUGGUUCAUCUUUCAUUCUGGUCUCUUCCGGUAAAUCCAAGCACCAACCUUCCUCCGCACGUAUACGGCGGUUCAUGAACCCGACAUUUCUCGGAAAUAGAGAUGUUGCAGCUCAUCCUCUUAUCAAGGCAGUAUUCGGGCUUGUAUCCGCUGUUUUCGAGGAUCAACUCUUGGGACGCAAAGAAUUCUCCGGUCUUGGUCUUUACUUGAAGACUCCACCUGGCUUCCUUGAACAUCAAGCAUACUUUAAUUCCUGGAUUUUUGGAUGCAUCCUUGCCACAUUGCAAGAGCUGCCUUUGAUCCGACCAGGUUUGCUUCAUGAACCCCGGACACUCACGAAUCUCGGGCGCCUUGCUACACAUUUGGCGGAGGCAGUAUACGAAGGUUGGUUCAUCAACGGGGCAUCAUCUACCCUUGAAUUCAUUGGAGCAAUUCUAGAGUAUCUCCAACGCCCGGACAUAUCUCAGUUGAAAAGCAUUCGUUUAUGCAGCCAGGCUAUUGCGACGAUUCGGUCAACCUUGUACAAAGUUGUCUUGUUCCAAUUGUCAGAAGCAGAUGACACCGAGACAGUGUCAUUGCUAAAUCGUUUGAACUAUUGGCAGGUGGUACUGCUCUCGGCGGCCGAAACUCAAGGAAAACAUCUGCAUUUGCUGUGUUAUCUGCUGUACACCAAGCUGAUCAGCGCAAAUGAUGAUGUCCGCGCGGCUGCUACCCGCUUAUGGAGAAUCAUUCUAGUGCAGGCGCCAGAUGAUGUAACAACACUUCUCAGUCAUGGUUCCCACUACCUUCAGCGUCGAUUGGCUGAUGGCUUCGAUGCCCUGUCGGGGAUGGAGGACGAAACUUUCCUUAAAUGGAUCGAUGAUCAGCGGGACGACUUGGAUGCCUUGUUUUUCGGUGUUUUCUCUCGGUCAUGGGACACUUUUGUCCAUGAGGAGAACACAGCUAUCGAGGAGUCUGUCAGAUCUCGAGUGUCAAAGCGCAAAGACAAACUCAGACAAUGGGCUCAGAUCGAGAAAUUCGAUGAAGACAUGAUCAGGAAGCACGAUGCUACUCUGCCACACUGGAUCUCGAACAUCGCAGCGUCCGAAUUCUUGAAAUCUCAAAGAUUCUUGCAAGACCACCAAGAUAGCUCUACUUUCAUGUGGUCAGCCUUCUCCAAUUUAUUGCUAGACUUGCGCCGACCGGGUGGUCUUCUGUCAGAACAAAAGGAGAGGAGAUGGUGGCUGGAUCAAACGGAAGGUCGCAGCCGCAUGCGACUUCGUCUGGUUCCUGAUGAGUCGGGUGACCGACAAGACUAUCAGCCUAAGCGCAAAGCUUCUGAGCCACCAGCUAUCAAGAUCGAUACCCGGAUACGUGCCCUUUCAGAGGGCGAGGCUCUGACCGCGCCUCCAUCUUUCAAUGCGGACCCUGAGAAUACGGGAAGUGAAUCUCCGAACGGCGAUGCCGAUGACCAGAGCAUCCUGGAAGAUAACUUUGAAAUGAUCGACGACCCUAAGAUUGAGCUCGAGGACUACGAAGAUAGGAACCGGAAGGUGAUGCGAUCUCUACAACGCGGAGAUCAGGUCCAAAGCGUGUGCAACUUGUCUCGAAUCAUCGGUCUAGAAGCGGUGGAAGGAAUAUUGAUUCUUGGCAAGGACUGCAUCUACAUCUUGGACAAUUUCUUCCAAAGAGCAGAUGGCGAGAUUGUGAAUGUCUGGCAAGCCCCCAAUGAAGAACGAGAUCCUUAUGUGCGUAUGAUCUCUGGCCGGGAAUCCAACGACCACCGCUCGCAAGAACAUGACACGAGGAGCUGGAAAUGGUCUGAUUUGGUCAGCGUUUCGAAGCGCCGCUUCCUGUUCCGCGAUGUUGCACUUGAAAUAUUCUUCACCGAUGGCACGAGCUAUUUGUUGACUUUACUUUCAGCACGAGCUCGGGACGACUUGUGCAAUCAACUAGCUAUCAAGGCACCACAAGUCACCGGAAGUACCGGGCAUUCUCGGCCGGAGGAUAUCUGGCGAUUUGAAACUCUCCGCAGUCAGGAUGAUGCACCGCAGUCUCUCGGGUCCAAAUUUGCCAGUGUGUUCGGUCAUCUACCAGCAAACCCAGCGACUCGUAAAUGGGUCAAAGGCGAAAUAUCUAAUUUCCAUUAUCUGAUGUUGAUCAACACUUUUGCCGGUCGUACAUUCAACGAUUUGACUCAAUACCCGGUCUUCCCAUGGGUUCUGGCAGACUAUACUAGCGAAGAACUCGAUCUGAACAAUCCUGCCACAUUCCGAGAUCUGUCUAAACCGAUGGGCUGUCAAACACCAGACCGAGAAGCCGGCUUUCGUGAGCGAUACAAUGCCUUUGCUGAAAUGGGCGACGAACAAUCCCCUCCUUUCCAUUAUGGAACACAUUACUCUUCUGCCAUGAUUGUCAGCUCCUACCUCAUUCGUCUACAACCGUUCGUCAAAUCCUAUCUCCUACUACAAGGCGGCUCCUUUGAUCAUGCCGAUCGUCUGUUCUAUUCUAUCCGCAAAGCAUGGGAGUCGGCAUCGCGAGGCAACAUGACCGAUGUCCGAGAACUCAUUCCUGAGUUCUUCUACCUGCCAGAAUUCCUCGUGAACUCCAACCAUUAUGACUUCGGUCUUCUUCAGAAUAUGACUACGGCCAUUGACUCCGUAGAACUGCCACCUUGGGCAAAGGGAGAUCCCAAGAUCUUUAUUGCAAAGCAUCGGGAGGCCCUCGAAAGUCCAUAUGUGUCCGAGAACUUGCAUCACUGGAUUGAUCUGGUUUUCGGCAGCAAGCAGAAGGGCGACGCAGCGGUCGAGUCUGUCAAUGUCUUCCAUCACCUCUCCUAUAAAGGCGCUAAAGACUUGGAUGCCAUUGACGACCCAAUGGAGCGGCUGGCCACCAUCGGUAUCAUCCACAAUUUUGGGCAAACUCCUCACCAAAUCUUCCAACGAGCUCAUGCACCGAGAGAAGAUCAACGGCACCGCAUACCUCGUCUAGAUACCCUCGCAGAGUCAUUGACACAAAUGCCUUUGUCUCUCCUUGAUAUUGAAGAACGUGUAGCCACGCUAUCCAUGAAACAAGACCGUCUGCUGUGUACUGCAGCUUUGAGGCUUAAUGUGCCACCAACCUAUGACUACUACAUGGAAUGGGGAUUCUUUGAUGGUAGUGUUCGUUUCUAUUCUGCCGAUACUCGCAAGCUGCUGGGUCACUUUGAGCAUCUUCAUGUUGGUCAAUUGUCGCAUGCCGGUUUCGCGGAUUCCCGCACAUUGGUCACUUGCGGUACAGAUUGUACCAUCUCGCUAUGGACGGUGACUGCAACGUCCAAGUCAGUCGAUUUGCAGCCUAUCGGGUCUCUCUUUGGCCACCGAGCACCGGUCACGGUGCUCGCUGUCUCACGCUCUUUCAGUGCUUUAUUGUCUGCCUCCAAUGACGGACAGAUCAUGCUUUGGGAUCUCAAUCGGCGAUCAUUUGUGCGAGCCCUCCCCGCCGACGGUGCGGUCGAUUGUGCCCGAAUCAACGAUGUCUCUGGGGACAUCAUGGUCUGUCGCGGCAAUCGCCUGACUUUAUAUACACUAAAUGGUAUAGUAUUGGUAGACCAAGUGGUCUGCGAGUCGGCUGACGAUCGUGUCUUGUCCUGUGUCUUCUACGAGGGACUCCAGAAUGAGUGGCUGGAGCGCGAAUUGGUGUUGACAGGCCAUACUCGUGGCGUCGUCAACAUCUGGAGCAAGAGCAUUCGCGGCGGCCAGUUCGAGUUGGAGUUGAUCCGACAGCUACAUCACACUGACAGCAGUCGCGACAAUGGUGCCAACAUCAGCGUGGGUAUCAGUUGUAUUUUGGCUCUCCCUCUUGUGGUCUAUACCGGGGAUGAAGCCGGCCGAGUGUAUGAGUGGAACUGCAUCCAACGCCGCUAA